ACUGUACACGAUUAGCUUGAUUUGGACACAAAAUCUGCGAAAUCAGUGAGAAGGACAGCGCCCAGAAUAACUGUAAACCUCAGCUAGGUGAGGGGCAGCAUCUCGCUGAGAAUGGGCCUCCGGGUGUUUCCUCCGGGCUGUCGGACACUAAAACAGAGGACAUGUACUUCUGUCUGUUAAAGCUGCAAAGCUACACUCCGCUCUCUGAGCAUGCAGUGAGAGUAUUCCUCCUCUCAGCAGUUUGAUCCAAAAAGAAAACGUGCCUUGUAAGGAAGCAGGAUGUUCACAGGCUCCACCAAACUGCCACCCACCAAAACCCCCCAGCCUGAGCGGCUGGAUGAGGUUUACGCUGCUCUACGCAAAGGCUUACAGUCAUACCUGCAGGUCCACCAGCUGGAGCUGGACAGUUUGGGUCAGCAGAUCAGAGAAAACAAGAAAAACAGUCGUCUGGGGUCUCUGUACGAGUUAGAUAAGCAAGUGAAAGCCAUAGAGAGGUUCAUGCGUCGGCUGGAGUUUCACCUAAGCAAGGUGGAGGAACUGUAUGAGGCCUACUGUAUACAGCGGCGACUACGAGAUGGAGCGAGUAAGAUGGUGGCAGCCUUUAACUCUGCCACAGGCAGCAAAGAGGCCCGAGAAAGCCUAAGUGAAGCCAAUAAGGGCUAUAAAGAGUAUACAGAGCACAUGUGCUCCCUUGAGAAUGAAAUAGAAAGCCAGAUGGGAGAAUUUCAUGUCAAGAUGAAGGGCCUUGCUGGGUUUGCACGACUGUGUGCUGGUGACCAGUAUGAGGUGCUGAUGAGGUAUGGGCGGCAGCGCUGGAGGCUACGCGGCCGUGUGGAGGUCAGCAACAAGCAGAUAUGGGACAGUGAGGACUUCACUUUUCAGCCUCUUGUCACAGAACUUCUGUCCAUCAAGGUGACAGAGCUGAAGAGCCUGGCCAAUCAUGUGGUGGUGGGCAGUGUGUCCUGUGAGAUGCUAGAUCUUUUCUGCCCACUGCCACAGACACUCGCUGUGGACAUCAACGACCUGGGGACGGUGAAGCUGAACCUGGAGGUCACCUGGAGUCCGUUUGAUAGGGAUGACCAGACGUCCUCGUCCAACACUGUUUCCAAACGACUUCUGUCCAAUCAAAGCCCUCCUGACACUCCGUCUAUGCGUGAGCAGGUGUUUUAUUCCCUGCUGAAGCGUCAGGGGGAGAUGGAGAACGGUACCGUUUGGUCCAACUCCUCUGAAUCAUCAGACGACUCCUCCAGUCCGGCACUGGCUCAUCACACUCAGAGGCUGAUGGCCUCCAACCUGCUGCAAACUACUCCCACCACUCAGCUGUCGCUCGCACCACACAAGUCCAGCGUGUCCACGCCGUCGCUCUCAUCCAACCAGGAGGAGGAUGAGACGGAAGGCGUAGAUAUUUUCCCUCAGCAGGAAGCAGUGCCUAACGGCCAUCUGCAGGCCCCCUGUUCAGACUGUGGUGCUGCUGACAGAGCUUCUGUUCAGUCAGAGGACAUCAUCUCUGAGACCUCAGCUGAGCUUCUGGAAAGGGUGGACACUUUGGCUGCAGAUGUGCAGACUGAGCAAUGUGAGGAGUCCUCAGCUGGGAGGGAGGCUGAAAUUGAGGAAAUCACUGCAGAGACUUUCCAGGAGACUCAAAGUCAGGCACAUCUACCAGUCCAAGAAAGCAAACAAACAGAGGACACUCCAGCGGCGCCUUUUCCUACUUCUGCCAGUUUCAAUCAGGAAGUUGAGACCGCCCUCGAAAGCUUUGACUUUCUUAACUUUUCAGAUGUGGAAGAAGAGGAGGAGCAGCAACAGCAGGAGAAAGAAGAGCUAGAGGGAAGAUGUGAAGAGGACCAAAAUAAAACCCAGGAGGAGAAAAUAUUAGAAGAAAAACAUGAUGAGGAGAAUGUGUGCUCUGAGGGAAGUGAUGAGGAGGAAGCAGACGGCCUGGAGUUCCUUAUGGAGGCUCCAGAAGGAUUUAGGAACUCCGAUGAAGACCGUUUCUCAGAAUCACAGGAGUCGAGUGUUUCAGACGUGCAAGAUUUUGGCCCAGUGGAAAUUCUGGAGGAAAAACAUAAGCAAGACGGCGAAAAUGGAGAUGGACCUCAUGAGGAGGAAAGCUCUCAUGAUCAGCACGGGAGUCCUUCCACGCCCAGCUAGUCAGCCACUGCUGUUUUUUUUUUUUGUCGCUUUUUUUUGACUGUGUGGAGCCGCAGUCAAUCCAUUUGUUCCGUCCUGACAUACCAGUGCCAUCGCGCUCCCUCUCGCUCUGCAGAAAUGGAGGCCUUGAGGAUGUUCCACUCAACAAUCAGACAAACAACCUCUGCCUGUCAUGGUGGAGUUUGCGCUUGUUUGUUGCCUUGUUUACCAGGAAAACUGAACCUGUGAGCUCCUGCACUCACUGCAUCCUGCUGUCUGUGUUAAAGUGGCACUGAACAGCAGUUUACAUGUUUCCUAUACUUCUCCCAUCAUGUGAUGGAUUCAGCGUCCCAAAAACAUUUCAGGAACAGAUCAAAGCGGCCUUCUGUUUUAAUUUUUUUUGCGCUUGUUCAUGAAUUUUAUAUAAGAAAUUAUUUUGAAAUGAUUUUAAGUUUUUGUUUAUCAAUCUACACAGAAGCAUUUAAAGGUAUUCAGACAGCACCAGUGGAUAUAAUCAGCCUGAUGCUCUUUCAUUACCAGAGGACAGGCUACAAACAUGUGAUGUUUAUCUGCAGACCAGAAAUCCUCCCUGAAAACAAUCAUUUCCUUCAACAUCCCUCUCAGCGCUGACGCUGAAUGAACACGUUCUCUUAUCAGCGAACAUUCAGGAGUUAAGAACUCAUUCUGGGUCGUGCGUUUGCAAAGAUGACAACCAUCUGCAGUUUGCAACUAUAUUUAAACCUGCAUGUGUAGCCGUCUCAUGCUGCCAGCAUGUCUGUAUAAUAAUGAAGCUUAACUGAUCGGUUUAAGUGUGUAAGCUAGGCUCUGCUCCAAGAAAGCCACUGUGUUCCUAUAAAAAAAGACUGCCUCAUGGGGGCUCUGUGGUCUUUUAUUGUUGUGCUUUUACCUGUUUCAUCAGAAAGUGCCUCAAGUGACAUAAGAGAUGUUUUAAAGGUUUUAAACGCCACCAGUGGUUGAUGGCAGUGUUUAUUUUCUGAUUCACUUUAAGGAGUGUGCACAAUGAGAGAUAUUUACUGUUUCAUAAUAAGAAUUGUAUAUGUCCUGAACUGUUCAAAAGGUUUAUGUUCAGAAAUGUUCGAACUUUAUAAAAGUUUCUUUAAAACCAA